CGCUGCUACAUAUUACCGAGAACCGGGAUGGAGGAGAGGCGGAGGGGGAGAGAAAAAAGUUUCUUUUAAACCUGACUGAGAAACUUUCAACAUGAAGCCUCACUGACGCACCGUUUCAGCACCACCACAGCAGCGCCAGCACUAACACAGCUUGCUUUUCCUCUGAAUACAUUUUUUCACCUCCCAGCUUGUGUUUUUCUUCCCCUCUUGUCUCAUUUUCUGUGCGCAAGGCUGGUCGGGGCUUGCUGUCACUGCGCGCUAAGAUGUUGGAGUGACCAUGGCUGCGCAAGUAGCAUCUGCUCCGACCAGAACUAAUAACAAAAAUAAGAAAUUAUCCAGCGGUUUGGGUCCGGAGCUCAACUCGGGGAAAUCCGGAGGAGGAGGAGGGAGCGUUCAGCGGUCUGGACCGAUGCUGGGUGCCGGAGAUGGGACUCUGAAUAAUGUAGACCAUCACCGCCGAAACGAGCUCAACAUGGUUCAUUCAACUUCCACGGCUCAUAACGCUCCGGACGGACACGAUAAGGAUGGGAAUAACCUCACGUCCGCGCCGGCUUCGACUAAUUCAAACACUUCCUCGAUGGAAGCGGGUUUGAUCGCGAACCACAAGCUGAAAUGUGUGGGGAGCGGAGAUCCCCCUCAGUCUCAGCCGCCUCAGCAGCAGCAGCCUCCGCAAUUCGGCCAGUUUGCGCCACAUCAGCAGCGACAGAUCCAAAGUAACAACACCGCCAAUAACAACGGCCAGGGACCUCGCGGGGACAGAGGUAUGGAUCACCAACACCACGGAGGCAAGGAGAACCUGUUGGGGGGGCAGGGGGAGCCACAGCAGCAGCACAUGCAAGGGAAAGGUGAGGGGGAGCUCACCUGUAAACCUGCGGAGAGGAUGAUGGGUAACAGGUACGAACACUCAAACUUGGGGCCAAUUAGUAACAACUCUGAGUUUAAUAACAACUAUUACACUCCAAGGGCCUGUUAUGAUCAACAUGGCGGACAGCAGCAGCAAAGCAGUGGGAUGGGGAUAACGCACUCCUCGGCACAUAACAGCAUGGAGAACUCCCAUGAAGCUGGGUACCACAACAGCCAGUACAACCAGUACCCGGCGUAUCGCGCCGGCUACAGCGGAGGGGCCUACGGGAUGAUGGGGCCCUCAGGAUGCAGGCAACCUGGAAACAUCAUGAUGGGCAGCAACUCCUCAGCAAGCCAUGGCAAGUCUCCCCUGGGUGCUGCUCCGGGUGGCUUUCAGAGGUUCCCAGGACAGACUCAGCAGCAGCAGCAGCAGCAGCAGCAGCAUCCCUCGGGGGCCACCCCGACCCUCAACCAGCUGCUGACGUCUCCCAGCCCAAUGAUGCGGGGGUAUGGCGGUGCCUAUCAAGACUACAGCGGCUCCACGGCGCAGCAGCAGGCGGGCAUGGGCCUAGGGAAAGACGUGGGGCCACAGUACGGAGCCACAUCGGCGCACGGCUGGGGAGGGCAGCAGAGGAGCCAUCCUCACUCACUGAGUCCGGGGAACGGAGGGCAAGGCCUCGGCAGGUCACAGGUGGCCUCCAUGGACUUCAUGGCUAUGAAGCGCUCGCAGCUGUACAACAUGGCCAACAACCCCUACUCCACUCCACAGCAGCCAGGGGGCGGGCCUUACCCUUCCAGCCAGACAUACACCUCACCUGCUUCACACAGAUAUCCAAUGGGCAUGCAAGGGCGGGGCCAAAUGGGUAUGAGCGGGAUGCAGUAUCCUCAGCAGCAGAAAGGAACCCACCCACAGUUGUCUGGUCUUGAUCUCCAUGGCGACCUAAUCCUUGCCAAUCCCAGAACACAGGUGGCGCCAUAUGGCCAGCAGGGGAUGGGCGGUUACAGCCAGCAGCAGCAGGCGGGGCAGCAGGGAACCCCUCCUUACUUCAGCCCCCCUCAGCAGACCCCACCAGGCCCGACCCAGAGCCCCUACCUGCAGCCUCGACCACCUCCACAACAGGAAUCGCAACAGGACACCUACAGCUCCAGGGGUCCUGCCCCAGGGAACUCUGGGAAGGCCAACAAUGAGGAUGGUGUCUCCCAUGACCGCCCAUCCAGUCUGCCGGAUCUGUCUGGCUCGAUUGAUGACCUCCCCACUGGGACGGAGGCCGGUCUGGGCUCCGCCGUCAAUGCUGGUGGCUCCUCCAGCAGCAGCAGCAGUAGCCAAGGGGAGCAGGGGGGGACUGGGAACCAGGGACAGUCCCCCUUCUCCCCCCAUGCUUCCCCCCACCUCCCCAGCCAGAGGAGCGGGCCCUCUCCCUCACCUGUGGGCUCGCCUGCAGGCUCUACUCAGUCCCAGCAGUCACGAUCAGGCUCUGGACCCAUCUCUCCAGCCAGUGCACCCUCUGUCAACAACACGGCACCAGGCUCCAGUAUGACCCCACAGAGCACUGGGAAUGGACCAGAUGGUGCCCACCCACCAAACACCCGCUCACCCAUGGCUCAGGAUAGAGGAUUUAUGUCCAAUGUGCAGAGGAACCAGUCCAGCUCUCAGUUUGUUUCUCCUCAGUCUGGUCCUCCUGUCUCCCCACACCCCUCACCUGGGGGCCCACUGUACCCAGGAAUGAGUCCCUACUCCCAGAGUGGCCCUUCAGGCCCAUAUGGACCUCAAGGAUCUCAGUAUGGACACCAAGGAAACUACCCUCGGCCCUCCAGCUAUGGCGGAAGUGCCAGCACCAGCUACAGCGGACCUGGCCCCGGCAUGACCAAUAGUCUAGGAAUGAAUGCCAGCAGUCCCAUGCAUGGCCAGGGGCCUGGCCAGCCCGUACCUGCAGGACGUAGCCACGGUCCAGGCAGCCAGAACAGGGUGUACCCCUCCAUGGCUCCCAGCUCCCCUGGGAUGCCUCAACCAGCAGGGCCUGGGAUGGGACCUCCUUCUAUGGGAAGUUCCAAUCGUAAGUCCCAGGAGGCAGGAGCAUCAGCUGGCAUGCCAGGGACUGCAAAUUCAACUCACAACAGCCUGUUGAUGCCGAGUUGCAGGCGGCCUCCGUAUGCGAGGUCUCCAGCCCAGAUACAGACAUCCCAACCUAAUUCCACCCACUGGUCUUCACCCUACCCUGCCUCCACUUGUCCUGCAUCUUCAUCACCACCCAGACCUCACCAUCCACCCAUCCUGCCACCCUCACACUCACAGCACUAUAGGCAGGGCAGCUAUCAAGGUCCUGGCGUCAGCCCAGUGAGCACCAUGACUGCCGCUGUCCCCUACAGCCAACCAACAGGAAACAACAGUUCAGCCAUGGGAAAUGCACAAGGUCCAGCCUACAGUAUGCCACCUUCAGGAGCGAUGGGAGUGUCGGGAGACGGGAUGAUGAGCUCAGAUGGAAAACCAAAAACGGACCUAAAAGACGACAGCAGCUCCAACGCCAACGAGCCUCACAAACCAAAGCAGCUACAGGACGGCUACAGCAACAAUAACAACAGCAGUGGCUCCCAGCAGUGCGUGUCCCAGCCAGCCACGCCAGGAGGUGCCCUGCCCGUACCCUCCCCGCUCUCACCCAGCCCUGCCAGCCUGUCUUCGUACCACGGUGAUGACAGCGACAGCAUCAGCAGUCCCCCCUGGCCCCUCAAGACCCCCUCCAGUCCUAAAGCCAAUCCCAACUCCUCCUCUCUCAGUGGGGAGCGAAUCACACGGCUGUAUGAGAUGGGUGUGGAACCAGAGAGACGAGGUUGGGUGGAGCGAUACCUCACCUUCAUGGAGGAGCGGGGCACACCUGUCGCCCAGCUCCCUAUUGUUGGCAAGAAGCCGCUGGACCUCUGGAAGCUUUACAUCACAGUUCGGGAGAUUGGAGGCCUUGCCAUGGUGAACAAGAACAAAAAAUGGCGCGAGCUCUCCAGCACCCUGAAUGUGGGGACAUCGAGCAGCUCUGCCAGCGCUCUGAAGAAGCAGUACAUCCAGUAUCUGUUUGCCUACGAGUGUAAGAUGGAGAGGGGAGAGGAGCCACCGGCAGACAGCAACAGCAGCAGCAUAACUGGAGGGGACAGCAGGAAGCAGGUCAAGAUCCAGCCCCCCUCACCUGCUAAUUCAGGCGGCUCCCUCCAAGGCCCUCAGACACCUCAGUCCUCCGGCAGUAGCUCUACAGCAGAGGCAGCAGGGGAUCUAAAACCCCCUACACCUGCUACCACCCCUCUGGGACAGGUCACACCCCUGCCCCCCAACAGGAGCAGUGUGAGUGUUCAGGACCCUUUCUCGGAGGUGAGCGACCCAGCCUUCCAAAAGCGUGCUACCUCUCUGCCCCCCUCAGCUCCGUAUCAGCAGGGCAUCAGUAUGCCUGACAUGAUGAUGAGGAUGCAGUACGACACCAAGGAUCCUUUUGCUGGGAUGAGGAAGAUGGCAGGAGCUGAUCCCUACAUGCCCAGUCAGAUGCCAGGUAUGCAAGAUAUGUAUGGUCGACAUGCAUCAGCUUUGAGCAUGAGCCAACGAUCGCAGUACCCCUAUGGGCCAGGCUAUGACCGAAGGCCUGACCAUGUGAUGGGCAUGGAGGGGAGUAUGGGUCCCCCAGGGAGUCAGAACAGCAUGGGACCUUCUAACAGUGAGGGUAGCAUGUACUCCCCCAGCAGAUACUCUUCCCAGCAAAGACAUGAUGGCUACAGUCAGCAGUUUCCUGGUAUGCCGUAUGGGAUGCAUCCAUCAGGGAUGUACCCACAACAACAGGGCUACAAGCGUCCCAUGGAUGGCAUGUACGGCCCCCCACCUAAGAGACAUGAGAGCGACAUGUACGCCAUGCAGUACGCCAACCAGCAGCCAGACAUGUACAACCACUACAGUGGAGGAUACUCUGAGCACAGACCCCUCCAGGGACAGUUCCCUUUCCCUUACCCCCGUGAUCGGAUGGCCCCCUCAGGUCAGAGCCAGCACAGUAUGAUGGGUGGGGGGCCCACUACUAACCAUGCUUCUGAUGGCCCUAACAUGUGGCCCUCCAGGACAGACCUUGGCUAUCCCUACCCCAACAGACAGGGCCCCCCCUCACAAAUGCCACCUUAUGGCUCCAUGAGCAGAGAUGAUAUGGACGGGCGGCCCGGACAGGAGCCGUGGCACCGUCAGUCUCCUUACAUGUCAUCAUCAGGCGGGAUGCCUCCUAUGUCGUCACGCCAAGCAUCUCCCUAUUCCAACUCUCAGUCCAUGGCAAACCACCUGCCCCGACCCCCCAGUCCAGGGCCCUUCCAGCGCUCCAUGGACUCUCGGAUGUCACCCAGCAAAGCACCGUUCAUGUCCCCCAUGAAGAUGCACAAACCUGGGAUGGCUAUGAUGGGCCCUCAGGUUAGUGGGCCCCUCGGUCAGUUUCCUCCAAACCUAAGGCGGGACCUCAACUACCCACCAGGAUCAGUGGAGUCUACCAUGCCGACUCUAAAGCCGCGGCGCAAGCUCAGCUCUAAAGACACCGGAACGCCUGAGGCCUGGCGCGUCAUGAUGUCUCUGAAGUCGGGCCUGCUGGCAGAGAGCACAUGGGCUCUAGACACCAUCAACAUCCUGCUGUACGACGACAGCACCGUGGCCUCCUUUAACCUCUCUCAGCUGCCUGGGUUCCUCGAGCUGAUUGUGGAAUAUUUCCGCCGUUGCCUGAUUGAGAUCUUCGGUAUCCUAGAGGAGUUUGAGGUAGGGGCCAUGCCUCAGAAACCACUCUUAGACCCUGUUGCUGACCAGAAAGAAGAAACCCUCCCCGACCUGGACACAGACUCUACCGUCCAUCCUGAACCGGAAUCUGCAACCUCACUAGAGACAGAAGCAGAGCAAACAGGGUCUGUCACAGAGGAAGCAUCGCCAAUCACUGCAGAGCCAGAGACAGCCGAGGUAAAAGGUGAGAGGGAGGAGUCUGAGGUGAGCAUAAAGAAGGAGGUGAAUGAGGAGGACCAAGAGGAAGGGGAAAAAGAAGAAGAAGAAGAAGAGAGGGAAAAGCCAUCAGAGAGUAAAACGGAGAGUGUAGACCAGCCUGUCUCAGAGCUAGAACCCAAACCUAAACAAGCCAGUAAAUAUGAUAGGCUGCCCAUCAAAAUUGUCCACAAAGAUGACAUGAUGGAGGACAUGACAGAGCACUUAGGCUACGUCACUGAGUUUACCAGCGGAUUACUGCACUGGCAGGCAGGUGGAGGUGAUUCAACCGCACACAUUCAAACACACUUUGAGCCACGAAGUGAUCCGCCCACCAGAGCGCAGGACAAGAUAGAAAAAGAAAAGAAAAAGAUUGAGGUUGAUGGACAGAAACAACCUCUGAAACAUAUCACAGCUACCAUUGAUGAUGUUCUCUGUGCGCGGGUCGAUGCUCUGUCAUACGCCCACCCUGCGCGCUCCCUGCCAUCUUACCCUUUCAGGGUACAUCCAAAUGGGGAGCAGGACAACAUCACCCUGCUAGAGGAUGAGCCCCGCUGCCUGGAUGAGGCUCCGCUCUCCACCACCUCCUCCUGGCAGGACUCACUGGCCAAGCGUUGCCUCUGCAUCUCCAACAUCGUUCGGAGUCUUUCCUUCAUCCCUGGGAACGACUCAGAAAUGUCGCACCACCCUGCUCUGGUUCUCCUUCUGGGCAGGCUGCUCCUGCUGCACCACCAGCAUCCUGAGAGGAACAGGUCGCCCCCCACCUACCAGAGAGACGAGCAGCAGGAGCAGGGUCUGUCCAGCAGCAAAGAGGAGUGGUGGUGGGAGUGUCUGAGUCUGCUCAGGGAGAACGCCAUGGUCACUCUAGCCAACAUCUCUGGUCAGCUGGAUCUCUCCACCUACCCCGACACCAUCUGCCUCCCCAUCCUAGACGGCCUCCUCCACUGGAUGGUGUGUCCUUCAGCUGAAGCCCAGGACCCCUUCCCCUCAGCGGCUCCCCACUCUCUGCUCUCGCCCCAGAGGCUGGUGCUUGAGUGCCUCUGCAAGCUGAGCAUCCAGGGUGACAACGUGGACCUCCUGUUAGCCACACCGCCUUUCAGCAGACAGGAGAAACUUUUCACCGUCCUGGUCCGCUACGUGGGUCAGAGGAAGGCACAGGUAUACAGAGAGAUGGCUGUAGCUGUCCUCUCACACCUGGCACAAGGAGACCCCACAGCUGCUCGUGCCAUAGCCAUGCAGAAAGGCAGCGUGGGUAAUUUGGUAGGCUUCUUGGAAGACGGUGUUAGCAUGGCACAGUAUCAGCAGAACACUCACAGUCUGCUGCACUUGGGGCACCCGCCAAUGGACCCACCAAGCAUAAACAUGAUGUGCAGAGCAGCUAAAGGCCUGUUAGCCAUGGCUAAAGUGGAGGAGAACAAGACAGAGUUUGUGCUGUAUGAAAGCAGAUUAUUAGACAUCUCCAUCUCCUCUGUGCUCAACACAGGAGUGGUGGCUAUCAUUUGCCAAGUUCUCUUUCACUUAGGGAAAUCAUGACAAAAGGAGAGGCGGGACUCGGGUGGAGGAGGCUAAGUUGGACAAAAUAUUUCUGUGUUUUUCUAUUUUUAUUUAUCAAAAUGACAGAAAAUGUUCGUUUUUUUAAAGAAUUAUCCACUUAAACAAAAUAUAUAUGUAUAGCUUUGGGGCCCUGUGAAAAAAGAUGUGGCUUUGGGAUUUGAAAGCUCAUUUUAAUACAAAUAUUUAAUACCUGCUGGUGUUGGAUUGCUAUGUUUGGCAUUUUGUUUGGCGUUUUGCUUUAGUUUGUUUACUUUUUCAGCCAAAGCUGCCACCAAAUUUUGGUGCUGAAUUAUGUGGUUCCUUUUGAGUCGUUGAGAUGUUUUUCAGUUUUAUAAAUGUUAAUAUACUCAUCAACAUUUUGUUAAUGGAGAGUAUUUAUUUAAAAUGUGACACUGUACAGUAGUUUGAACUUUUUUGCCAACACUCAUUUGGGGAAAACACUGAAUUUUUAAAUUGAAAUGUAUAUGUUUCCAUCGCUGGAAGAUAAAUUGUGCAAUAGGACUAGAGCAAGUUGUCCCUUUUUGAGAACAACACGUAGGUGUAAAUGUUUAAACAUCUGCAUUGUGUGCGUAAGGCCAUGAGGAGGCAGUAUUGCACCAGCCAAUCAACAUGAGAGGAGGGUGUGUGUCUAAAGAAGUGUCUAAUUUAUUAAUCAUAGCCUCAACAAUGUUCACAGACGGACUUUGUGUUUCCUAAGCACUUGUGUUAUGUCUGUAUUUUUUCAUCACUGUGUAUAUAAACCGUACAAUGGACGCACAUGAUGCUUUCAGUCUCAAUCAAGCAUAGCAAGAGAUGGGAACUUUGUGACUAUAACAAAUGCUUUUAUUGUUGGUAAAAAUUUGUUAUUGUUAUUAUACAUAUUUUGUUAAUGGGGUCAAAUAUUUGAACAUUGCAGAUGUACCUGAUGUUUCAAUGUAAAAAUUCCUGUAUGCAUUGUAUUAUAGCUGAGAAAACAAUCGCUUUGGUAAUCAAAUGUGAAAGUGCCAGGGUGAGAGGAUAUGUAGGUGAGGUUACUUAAGAAAAACUCAACACACUUCUGUUUGUUACUGUCCUCCAUUUAUGUCAAUGGGCAUAUUUUUGAAUCUAGAUAACACUCUAAAAGAAACAUGUGAAAAGAACUUCAAAAUGUCCUGAGAGCUCAUUGUAAAAUCUGCCUUUAUUUCAUAUGACUCCAUGUCUCUCUUUUAUUCAGUAAACACAUUUAUACUCUGUGCUGCACAUGUCACAAAUAAAUGUACGAUGAACAUUGUUAAGCACCGGAGACGUUGCAUUAUGUCCAGACAAUCUUAGGCCAAUAAAACAAACAUCAACUGCUUC